AUGCGCAAGCCCGACGGCAAGAUCGUGCUGCUGGGCGACGUGAACGUGGGCAAGACGUCGCUGCUGCGGCGCUACACGGAGCGGCGCUUCGCGGACGCCGUGAGCACGGUGGGCGGCGCCUUCUACCUCCAGCCCUGGCGCGCGCUGCACCUGUCGCUCUGGGACACGGCGGGGCGGGAGCAGUUCCACGGCCUGGGCUCCAUGUACUGCCGCGGGGCGACUGCCGUCAUCCUCACCUACGACGUCUGCCACCUGCAGAGCCUGCUGGAGCUGGAAGACCGUUUCCUGGGCCUCACCGACUCCGCCAGCGCCGACUGCCUCUUCGCCCUGGUGGGCAACAAGGUGGACCUGUGCCAGGAGGACCCGGCAGGCAGCUCCGAGGCGGUGCCACGGUUGGCCCGGCAGGUGCAGCCGGAGGACGCGGCGACGCUCUACAAGAAGAUCCUGCGGUACAAGAUGCUGGAUGAGAAGGAGGCGCCCACAGCUGAGCAGAUGUGCUUCGAGACCAGUGCCAAGACCGGCCACAAUGUGGACCUGCUCUUUGAGACGCUCUUCGACAUGGUGGUGCCCGUGAUCCUGCGGCACCGCGCCCAGGGCCCACCGCACACUGUGAACCUGGACAGCAGCGAGCCAGUCCGUCAGACCCGAGCGGGCUGCUGUGCCUGACGCAGCCCAGUACCCCCUCCCCCGGACGCUUCAGGCCCCUCCAGAUGGAACCCCAAGUGUCUCCACAGUUCAGAGACAGGAAGGAGGCCUUAGGGUGCGUGGGGGCACC